CCAUAACGUCACUUCUGGAUGUCAAUAUGCGGCUUGGUGCGGCGCUGGGAAACGGAACCUCUGGGAAGAUGUAAACCAAGUAACCGGAGAAGACCAGCCUCACCGAACACAACUACCGUUAUCCCCUGGGAAACCGUACCUUAGGAACCAAACCGACUGGCUGCUCGUUUACUCGCUAUCACCCGAAGCACCGUAGCUCUCUCCUUAAAGCAGCCAUCUUUUGUGGGAGAAUGUACGGGACGACGAGGCGGGCCUGCUCGGGCCGGGGCCGGAGCCUACUGAUGCUGACAACCGCUCUCCUGCUCUCCGUUACCGGGCUGCUGUCCGGGCUGCCCAGCUCCACCGAGGCGAAGGAAUGCGACAAACCGUGCUUGAACGGGCAGUGCAACAGCGCUACUGGAAACUGUGUGUGCUUCCCCGGCUGGGUAGGGGAUCAAUGCCAGCACUGCGGAGGGAGAUUCAGGUUGACGGGGCCCUCCGGUCACCUGACUGACGGUCCAGGAAACUACAAGUACAAGACCAAGUGCACCUGGCUCAUCGAGGGACAGCCCAACACGAUACUCAGACUACGGUUUAACCACUUUGCCACUGAAUGCAGCUGGGACCACCUGUACGUGUACGACGGAGACUCAAUCUACGCCCCCCUCCUCGCUGCCUUCAGUGGUCUGAUCGUGCCGGAGCGUUACGGGAACGAGACGGUUCCUGAGGUGGUGUCUCAGUCCGGCUACGCCCUGCUGCACUUCUUCAGCGACGCUGCCUACAACCUGACUGGCUUCAACAUUUCCUACAGGGUGAAUACAUGUCCCAACAACUGCUCCGGCCGCGGCGAGUGUCUUGUGAACGACGCCACGGGCGCGGUGUACUGUGACUGCGAAGAAAACUGGAAGGGGGCGGCCUGUGACGUCCCGUACUGCCAGGCUGACUGCGGCUUCCCCGAGAGAGGGCAGUGCCAGGACAAGGUGUGCGUCUGCACCACCGGAUGGCAAGGUCCAGACUGUUUGGUCUCAGUGCCGGCCAACUCCUCCUUCUGGACCCGGGAGGAGUACACCGACCCCGGGCUGGCCAAGGCUUCCCACAAGGCCGUGGUGGACCAGGGCAUCAUGUGGGUCAUCGGAGGCUACGUGUUCAACGCCUCCGACUAUCACAUGGUCAAAUCGUAUAACCUCAGUAGCAAGAGCUGGGUGACCCUGGACCCCUCCGUCCACACUGUGACUCCGCGGUACGGCCACUCCCUGGCUCUACACGAGGGGAAGAUCUACAUGUACGGAGGAAAGAUCGACUCCACAGGAAACGUGUCCAGCCAGCUGUGGGUUUUCCACAUCCAGAACCAGACCUGGGUCCUGCUGACUCCCCGGUUCAACGAUCAGUACGCCGUGGUGGGACACUCGGCCCACAUCGUUCCUCCGCUCCAGGAAGGGGACAGUCCCAUCAUGCUGGUCCUGUUCGGACACUGUCCUCUGUACGGAUACAUCAGCCAGGUGCAGGAGUACAACAUCGCCAAGAACACAUGGAGCAUGGUGCAGACGGACGGGGCCCUGGUGCAGGGGGGGUACGGUCACAGCAGCGUGUUCGACCCCAGCUCCAGAGCCAUCUACAUCCACGGGGGGUACAAGGCCUUCAGCGCCAACAAGUACGGGCUGGCUGGAGACCUGUACAAGUUCGAAGUGGACAAGAUGAAAUGGACCAUACUGAGAGACAGCGGCUUCUUCCGCUACCUGCACACAGCCGUGAUGGUGAGCGGGACCAUGCUGGUGUUUGGAGGAAACACACACAACGACACGUCCAUGAGCCAUGGCGCCAAGUGCUUCUCCUCUGACUUCCUGUCCUACAGUCUGGCGUGUGAUGAGUGGACAGUGCUGCCUCGACCUGACCUCUUCCAGGACGUCAAUCGCUUCGGACACUCGGCCGUCAUCAGUGACAGUGUGAUGUACGUGUUCGGAGGCUUCAACAGCCUGCUGCUCAGUGACGUCCUCAUGUACACCUCGCCCAGCUGCGCCGCCUUCUCCAGCCCAGCGUCGUGUAGUGUGGCCUGGCCCGGGAUCCAGUGUGUGUGGAACGGCACCCAGGAGAGCUGCCUGCCCUGGGAGAGCGGCGCUAUCGAAAGGGAGCAGCAGCAGCAGCAGCUCCCGGCCUCCUGUAACACACGAUCAUAUGCCGACAGUGAGAAGUGUGACCAGUACACGGACUGCUACAGCUGCACCGCCAACACCAACGGCUGCCAGUGGUGCUCCGAACAGUGUGUCUCUAUGGGGAGCAACUGCACCUCCGCCACGGGGGCCAUCGCAGAGUUUGACAUUUGUCCCAAAGACAACCCGUCAUUCGUGUGCAACAAGAAGACCAGCUGUAAGAGCUGCGCUGUGGACCAGAACUGCCAGUGGGAGCCCCGCAACCAGGAGUGCAUCUCACUGCCAGAAAACGUGUGUGGUGAGAGCUGGCACCUGGUGGGGAACUCCUGUCUGAAGAUCAUCACGGCGAAGGACACGUACGACAACGCCAAGCUGGCCUGCAGGAGCCACAACGCCGUGCUCGCCUCGCUCACCACGCAGAAGAAGGUGGACUUCGUCCUGAAGGAGCUGCAGAUCAUGAGCGUAGUGUACAAGGCUAUGGUGACGCCCUGGGUGGGGCUCAGGAAGAUCAACGUGUCGUACUGGUGCUGGGAGGACAUGUCUCCCUUCACCAACACCUCGCUGCAAUGGCUUCCCGGAGAGCCGAGCGACGCCGGGUUCUGCGGGUAUCUGGCCGAGUCGGCGUCCAGCGGGCUGAAAGCUCAGACCUGCAUCAACCCGGUGAACGGCAGCCUGUGUGAACGACCAGCUAACCACAGUGCCAAGCAGUGCCGGACCCCGUGUGCCAUGAGGGCCACGUGCAGCGAGUGCACUAGCGGCAGCUCCGAGUGCAUGUGGUGCAGCAACAUGAAGCAGUGCGUCGACUCCAACGCAUACGUGGCCUCCUUCCCCUUCGGACAGUGCAUGGAGUGGUACACCAUGAACACCUGCCCACCGGAGAACUGCUCGGGGUACAGGACGUGUGGUCAGUGUCUGGACCAGCCGGGCUGCGGUUGGUGCACCGACCCCAGCAACACGGGCAAAGGGCAGUGCAUCGAGGGCUCGUACCGCGGGCCCUUCCAGACCUCGGUGCCAGCCCCCUCCACCCUACCCGGCCUGCCCGCCAGCCCCCAGCCGGCCCUCAAUGCCAGCAUGUGCCCCAAUGAGGCCAAAUACAACUGGUCCUUCAUCCACUGCCCAGCCUGUCAGUGUAACGGGCACAGCCAGUGUGUCAACGAGAGCGUGUGUGAGAAGUGCGAGGACCUGACAACCGGCCGCCACUGCGAGAGCUGCAUCUCUGGCUUCUACGGAGAUCCCACCAACGGGGGCAGCUGCCAGCCCUGCAAGUGUAACGGCCACGCCAGCAUGUGCAACCCCAACAACGGGAAGUGCUUCUGCACCACCAAGGGCAUCAAAGGAGAUCGCUGCCACCUGUGUGAAGUCGAGAACCGUUACCAAGGCAACCCCCUCAAAGGAACAUGUUACUACACGCUGCUCAUCGACUACCAGUUCACCUUCAGCCUGUCGCAGGAGGACGACCGCUACUACACCGCCAUCAACUUCGUGGCCACACCUGAGGAGCCAAACCGGGAUCUGGACAUGUUCAUAAACGCCUCCAAGAACUUCAACCUGAACAUCACCUGGGCCACAAGCUUCAGUGCAGGCACCCAGACCGGGGACGAGAUCCCCAUCGUGUCCCGGAGCAACAUCAAAGAGUUCAAAGACAGCUUCUCCAACGAGAACUUUGACUUCCGCAACAACCCUAACAUAACCUUCUUUGUCUAUGUCAGCAACUUCACCUGGCCCAUUAAGAUUCAAAUCGCCUUCUCGCAGCACAGUAACUUCAUGGAUCUAGUGCAGUUCUUCGUCACGUUCUUCAGCUGCUUCCUGUCGUUGCUCCUCGUGGCCGCGGUGGUUUGGAAGAUCAAACAGAGCUGCUGGGCGUCACGGCGACGAGAGCAACUGCUGAGGGAGAUGCAACAGAUGGCCAGCCGGCCUUUCGCCACCAUCAACGUUGCCUUGGAGACGGACGAGGAGCCACCUGACCUCAUAGGAGGAAACGUCAAGUCCGUCCCAAAGCCCAUCGCCCUCGAGCCUUGCUUUGGAAACAAAGCCGCCGUGCUCUCCAUCUUUGUGCGGUUACCCAGAGGCACCGGCGGCAUCCCUCCUCCAGGACAGUCUGGUCUGGCGGUGGCGAGUGCGCUGGUGGACGUCUCUCAGCAGAUGUGUGUGGGCUUCAAGGAGAAGUCUGGAGGCCUGAGGAGCCGCAAACAGCAGCCCACCGCGCAGCCCUCCACCUGCAUCUGACCACGCCCGCUGUAACUCCUCUACCCCCCCAAGCACCCAGAGCUCUCCCAUCAGCCCCUCUGCUUUCGGCCCCCUUUUUAGAGACUCAGAGGUGCAUGCUGGGAUGCAGGACAUUUUGGUGAGGGGCCGAUUGGCUUGGCGGACUGGAGCCUCAGCGGGCUUCCCCCCCCCCUCCUCCUACGGGAACUAUGGGUCCCGGCGAACUAAAACACAGACACUGGAAACAAAGAGUGGGAGCAGUGGAGGGAGGGGAGGGACAUAGCGGGUGCUGACAGAGCGGGUGCUGACUUCGCCCCUCCCCUCAAAAUAAAAAGAUUUUACAUUUGUCGACCCCGCCUCGUCGGACUCGAGGCGGCCGCGGCUUGCUGCUAGAACAGAUCCUCGUCUCGUAGUUUCUGAAAAACCCAGAGACUUUGCAUCCCUCUUUAUUUUUGUUUUCCUUAAGUUAUUAUUUUUUGUUUUGUAUUGUUUGAUUUUUUUAAUUCAGGAACAAACUGGACACUUCCAGCUGCGCAUGCACACACACACACACACACACACACACACACACACACACACACACACACACACACACACACACACACACACACACACACACACAAAAAAAUAACAACUUAACAGGCCCUUGUAUCCAUUUGUAGCCCAUUGUCGCCUGCUGUCAUGUUUGCAGCUCAGCACUGAGGGUUCCUGUCACCCGAGUCCUGUACAGUCUGGCCUCGGAGCGAGCUAACAGCGUGUUCAGUCUUCCGUUAAUGAGGAUCCACUGUAGGAGUCUGGCCAUGCAGCCAAAGCCCAUUUAAAGUGUCUGUGACAUUUCUAAUCGGCCUCUGUGUCUUCUGCCUGCUUUCUUCUAUGUGGCCUGUCUCGGGCUCUGUCUCUCUCCAUCUCUCUGGCCAUCUGGCUGCAAACCAACCAACCCACCACCUUCCGAGGCUCUCUGGCAGCGAUGCUGGGUACAAAACAAGACCACAGCUACAUCUAUUCCAUGCUGGCUGGCUGGCUGGCUGCAUCGCAAGCCAGCCUCGAUUGAAACCUUUCCAGCUAAUUACUCGACCGGUUGCAAUGAAAGCCAAUGGCCCUGCACACACAGGUGCACACGCAGGGCUCUCACACACCCGACCGAACAGUUUGUGGUUAGAAUUCCCCCCGGUGGGUAGCCGUUGUCCCUUUGGCAGUGCAGCGGCUGGAGCUCAUGUGAAACAGGCUUCCUAUAGAUCCUCUGGCACUGAUCGACUGGAGUGAUUAGGCAGAUCUGUGUGAAGGGAGCCGGGCGACGGUUCAGCAUCCUCUGAGAUCGUUGCCUAAGAAAUCCAUAGCAUCUAAUUGAUGCUUCCUUAAACCCAAAUGCAAUGUCCCCCCUCCCCAAUGCCAGGAAUCUAUGCCGCUCAAUGGCAAUUGGUCCCGGUCCCUGAGCUAUUUACAGCUGCCCAAUUAGCCCCCGCCGCAGUGAGGUCUGUGUUCAUAUCGAUGCAGAACAGAACAUCCUGAACGUUAAACACAUUAACACAGCAUCUGUUUCCUGAUUUGCACCUUUGUUCAAUGCUACAUCUCCAGGAAGACUUUUUUGAUUUAAAAAAACAAGUCGGGAAAGAAUAGCAUUCAUUGAUUUUUCUAGAAAUUGCAUUUUGAAAUUGUCUUUUAGGGUUUGACUCGUCUUUUGUGCUGCAUGUGAAGCAGGCCCCAUUUUUUUUCAUUUCUGCUCUUUCCACAGUCUUUAUCUGAAAUCACUGGUCCACUUUUAAAGAAACAUUACUUCUAUUGUCAACAUGGGAAAAUGAGGGAAAACGGAAAGAAAAACCAGACAAGACAGACAAAGAAAACAAGAAACUCAAAUUUAAAAAGAGCUUUUCUGAAAUGUCACAAGUAUUUUCUGUAGGUGAGGGCAUCAUGGUGUCAGAUCUGCCUCUUUAUUAAUCCUCCUUCAGCGCUCAAUGUGAGAGCAGACUUUAUUUGGUUUAUUAUGGUCAUCUUUGCAAUAUAUAAGUACAAAUCUAUACUAUAACACCUGCAGGUCUGUGGCUGAAGGCAGAGGCAUUUACCGAUAUAGAAACUACAUUUCCUGCUGCCUCACAAAGUUAUUAAAUUCCCGCCCUCAGAGAAGUACAGUAAUAGAACAAUUUUAAUAACUUGCAUUCGCCCUAAAGAAUAGUGAUGUAUUUAGUUCCCGGCUCGCACAUGUGUUCAGCAUACUAGAACUGCUCGGCGCCUGCUUAAAGGGCACACUUUUAGCACUGGGAAAAGGUCAGAGCAGGAAGCAUGAACAAAGUUGACACUCUGUAAUUAUAGAGAGCUGGAUGUGCUCACAGCUCCUCUCAGCGACCCUAGCCAGUGUUUAGGAGCCAAGUCUGUUCACACCGGAGGCAAAGCACUUCACUUUUACUCUUCAUUAUCAAUCAGGGGGUUUCCUGCUCUUAUCUCCACUGAAGAAACCUCUUUCAGCCAUCAUGCCAUCAGUCAUCGGCUGAAAGUGAGAGAAUCGGAUGUGCAGUUUGUCCUUAUGGUCACAAAUUGCAAGACAGAAAGCUUCGUUAAAUAGACAUAUUAGAUCAGUCAGGAACAGCUGUCUUCCUCUCUCUGCUACCUCUCAAAUUUGCAGCUUUUUUUUUUGUCUAGACAACCAAUGUGUUUGGCAGGUAACCAACUAUAGUUUGGAGGUGCUAUUUAAUUCCAAAAAUCUUCUUGUGAGGGAACAUUUUAGCAUGGCUCUGUGACUCGGAAACAAUUCACUGCAGCCUGUUCAGAACUGGGUGCCACAUUCAUCAUACAAUUUGUGAUUCAGUUAUUCUUGUUUUUUCCUCUUUGUAAUUUUACCUUGCUUGGCAAAUAAGCAGGCCUUUAUUCAUGGGGAUGCCCAGUUCAAGAAAACAAUCAAGUGGGUCUCCAAGCAGUUUUAAAACAAAAGCAAAAAUGAAUUUAGGGUAAAAAUGUGACUCAUUGUCAAAUGUUCUCCUGACACUCACGCCUGAGGUGUACAUUUGCUACGUCUCUGAUCACUCUUACUUUAACAGGAGCAGCUCUGAGACCAGCCGACAUCUCAUCUGAAUUAGAUUUCUGUAGGAAUAUAUAUUUAAUACACUAAUGUUCUCUUUUCACCCGCAACUGCGACACUGCUCUCAUCUCCUGUUGCAACUUUGAUUUAGUUUCACACACGCUGAGAUCUCAUUUAGCAAAGAAACUCUUGGGUCUGUUUUACAGCCGAUUCAGAUGUGCUGUGAUAAUAAUUUCACAAAGAAUGAAGAUUGUGUUGGGUGUUUAUCUUACCUAGAUGAAUGUAUAUGGACAUAUGUGUGCAACCAUGGGAAAUCAGUAAGCAGGAACUCGCUCGGUGCGCUUUGUCAGCCCCUGGAGACGGAGAGGUCAAAGUUCAGAGCGUGUUAGAGCUCGUUUGUCUUGUUAAAGAUGUCAGAAAAGAAGAUGUGAGGUCACACACCGUGACCUUUCCCUUCAUGCUGAUUCAGACAAAUAGACUGAGUUUCAAAGUAUCUACAAAUUCAUGUUUGAGAAUAUUUCCAGACUUCUUUGCAGAGUUAAAGAAUAAAAACAAACUCUAUUGUGUAUAAAUACUGUUUGACUCAGGUCUGUUGUCAGCAGCCCCACACUGAGUUCUUUGACACGUCUGCAAAGUCUCACAGCAUCCAAAAUGAGUAAGAAUAUUAAAAAAGUUGCAGUUUCAACAGUAAUUUAAGACUUCUGACCCCUGGUCCUCCCACACAGGCCUUUUUCGUUUAUUUUGGGCUGAUUGGACGUCUUUUCAGGUGUGUGGGCGUCUGCUUGAUGGACAGCUCCCUCACUGUGGGUUCAGUUUUGUUGCACCUGCUCAGGCGGGCAGAAUGAGAUCUCUAUGCUAGAGCUGCACAAUACGACCUGAUUUUGUCACAUUUACCUUGAUAAUGAUUAAUAUAUUUCCCCUCCCCUGCAAAACCCUCUCAGCCUGCGUUUUCGUCCCGGUGACGGAACAGAAAUCAAGCUCUUCAUAUUUGCGUUGCUUCUCACUACAUCUUUGUGGUUUGUUUGGUUUAUUUAACUGUUUACUUAUCAUGCAUUGUAUGUUUCCUUUAGGUCUCAUUUCCUUCCUCGUAAAGCCAUUUUGCUAUAUCGCUAGUGUCUUUCCCUGGUUUAGAGGCUGCAUGAGAGUAAUCGCCCAGCCCCGUCUCCAACACAUGAUCAAUGGCUUUUAAUUUGCUAUGUUGCGGUCUGGAAAAACACGUGGGCAGUAUGGCUUUGAAUGAUCAUAGUUCAGCUCUGUUGACAUCAUCAGAAAAAUGGACGGAAUUCCUGUGUGGGUGUCGCCGGUGUUUUCAAUUCCACGUUUUUUUCUAAAAAUGCAUUAUUUUCUCUUCAACUGCAGCUGCAAAAUAGAGGCCUUUGAUUCUGAUAUUCCAUAGAAGUGAUUUAAAACCUAAGAGCACAAUACACACCUUUUGAUGGGCUCAAUUAGGUUACAUUUUCCUUCAUUCGGUUUAACGCCCUGUUGGUGUACAUGCACUUGAUGUUGCGUUACACAGAUUUCCUGGGUCCGAAAGUUCCGAUUUUCCCGAUGAUUACUUAUCCAUUUGGAGCGGCGCAACUGUGAAGCUCUGCUCUAAAUAUCUGAGAGGGAGUUAAGGUUUGUGAAGAAAAAGGAGCCGUCUGCCUUCGAGCCAAGGUCCCCGGAAAUAUUCCUCAAAUUUGUUUUUCGAUUUGUUCCCCGCUCUCCAAGCCUCAAACUUUAUCGGGUGGCUUUACAGUGGCCUUAUUUCAGCUUAUUAAUCUGUGUAUCAACUGAUAGAUGUACAGCAAAUACAUAUUUAUAAAGUGUGAUUACUUCCUGGAAACCUUCCUAAUAUUUACAAUACAAGUAGAGUUCUCUCCCCAAACACUGGCAGCAUUUAUAUGUAUUUUAAAUGCUUGAAUACACAGGUUAAAGCAUCGCAAUAAGGUCAUUGUAAAAAGUGGCAUUACCCUGUCCUUCUUUCUGUCUCUUUGUAUAGCGGCAUUAUAUAUAUACUGAGGAAGUAGUUUGUUAAUAUGUAUAAUUUAGCUGGUUUUUUUGUAAAUAAUGAGAAAGUAUUGUGAAUGAAAUUUGUUGAAUGGUUUUAAGAAAAUCAUCUACGGCAAACCUCUCCGGGCUUUUAUAAAUGUGACUGCAGUACAUAGCAUAUUUUGUAUGUCAGACAGCAGUGUAAAGAUGAACAAGCAUUACUAGGAGCUGAUUAAACUACAUGUACAACUUGAGGAUAAUAGCAUACUGAACUUGUAAUUACUGAUGUACAUAAAAGAAUGACAGAACAUUUUUGUCUAUUAUUAAAUGUGAAAAUCCA